AUGCCUAUUUGCUUCAAGGAUUCGUGGCUCACUAUCGGGAAGCAUAAGGUAUCGAGGCUUUCCCUAUUUUCAUAUAUCAUGGACUGGGCGCUAUACUUGGCUAUACUUAUAGGUUUUAUGAUAUAUGGAAGUCUAGUUCCACCGGUAUACCAUGAAUUUCUGCUUGAGGAUAUUAGCUUGAUGAAUUCAUAUAAGCCGGAGGGAAUGACUUUAGUGCCUAUGCCAGUAUUGAUUCUUAUAGCGGUUGUUUUCCCAAUGUUGCAAAUUAUCUUGUGUUCGGUAUUGCAAACCAAUACCUUACAUAGUACCCGGAAAGUAUGGGACAUUUUUAUUGGAAUGACAAGUUUAUGUGGUGCUAUGAGUAUCCAACUAAUGAUGACCUGUAUUUUGAAGAAUAUCUGUGGAUUGCCGAGGCCUGAUCUUAUUUCACGGUGUGAUCCAGAUUACUCAAUUGAUUUUGUGAGUGGCCGUUUGGCCACUGUUGAUGUUUGUCAAUCUCCGGAUUUAGUAUUGGUGAGUGAAGGAUUCAGGAGCUUCCCCAGUGGACAUUCGUCCACUGUUUUCUGUGGAAUGAUACUAGCAAGUUUGAAUAUUUCCGCCAAACUCCAAAUAUUUGACUCUCGUGGGGUGUCACUUAAGUUUUUAUUAGUGAUUAUUCCGAUAAUGAUUGCAUGUUUUGUUAGCUGUAGCAGGAUUAGUGAUAAUCGGCAUUUUUUAAGAGAUGUUAUAGGAGGACUGGCUAUUGGAGCUGGGAGUGCAAUUUUUUUUUACCUUCAAUACUUCCCCUGGAUAACCAAGCUUGAGAAUUGCGGUAGGGCAUACCCACCUCGAAGGAUUGGCGUUUCGGUGUGGUGCAAUAACAUUGGAGGUUUUUGGAAGAUCAAUGAUAAAUUAGACGGAAGUUAUCAAGAAAGAUGUUUGAAUGAUGUUAGCAUUAUUGAACUGAUUAAAAAAGUUGAUUGUGAGUUUAGUAUUGAUUCAACCGAGUUUAUUCAAACAGAUAGGAAUAUUGAGUAUUUCAACAGACUAUCUGAAAAAUUCAAACAUCGGAUAUUCAAUAUUUCAAAUAAGCAAAGAGCAACAAAUACAAAUUAUGUAUAA